UGAUUCUGAGAGGCAUUAAACAGUUUGAAAGAUCGUCAGUGGAAGAAUGGCUAAACAAUUUUUGCCAUUACAAUCAACUUGCAUUGUGCUUCUGAUCUUGCCAUUUGUGUUCUUGAGACCAAUUAUUGAAGAUACUGGAAAUGAAGAUAACAAAGAAACCUUAUCAUCAGAAACCAAUACAGUAUCCAUUCUGCAGCCACGUGGGAGGAAACUGGAGGUGCCUGCCGAGAUAUCCACUGAACAAUUUAAAUUAGCUGCGGAAUAUCUGAUAGACUUUGGAUAUCUUCCUAAUGAAAACUUCACUGACUAUGCUGUUCCUGACACACCAUAUAUUUCAGAACAUCAGUUUCCUGAAGAGUUUAUUAGUGGUCUGGAAUGGUUUCAGAGACAAAAUGGACUGAAAGUAACAGGUAAAUUAGAUGAAGAAACUGCUGAAACAAUGAAAUUGCCCCGCUGCGGAAAGCAUGAACAGCGCAUGUCAUUCAGUAGGGGAGCAAAGUGGAAGACGGAUAUGUUAACCUACAAAAUUAUUAACACUACAGCCCAAUUGCCAAGUACACAAGUCAGAGAUGAACUACUUAAAGCCCUAAAGGUUUGGGCGGCUGUAACACCACUAAAAUUUGUAGAAGUGAAUGUCAAUCAAACAGCUGACAUUGACAUAUUUUUUGUGUCUGGUAUGCAUAAUGAUGGUGAAAGGAAUGCCUUCGAUGGCCCAGGACGGGUCCUAGGCCAUGCCUUCAUGCCACCAUUUAGCAAAAGCAAGAAAUCCAUUGAUGGGGACUUACACCUUGACAAUGAUGAAAAGUGGACAAUUAAUGAAAAAAAAGGUGUGAACCUUCUGCAAGCUGCUGCACAUGAAUUUGGACAUUCCUUGGGACUUGAUCACUCUACCAUCGCCGGUGCUCUGAUGGCUCCAACUUACAAGGGAUAUAAACCAUCAUUUCAACUUCAUUCAGAUGAUAUUGAAGCCAUUCAAGGGCUGUAUGGAAAACCUACAGAAAAUAAAAAAACAAGCUCAGGUACUUCUGAAGGCAGUUCCAAAGCUGUCAUACCUGCUUCUGGGAAACAGAACAUCACUGCCAGUCCAAAAUCAACAGAAAAUAAGGAACCUAAAAAGCAGUCUAUAAUCAAGUUAUGUGGAGAUGAGCCAAUUGAUACAUUUGUAUCCACUAAAGAUGGCUCAAUUUAUCUCUUCAAAGGUGAAUAUUUCUGGGAACUUAGCCAUGGAAAACUGCCAAUGGCACCAAAAAAAAAAUACCCACAGCUGAUAUCGUCUAAAUGGAAAGAGCUCCCAGCUUCCAUUGAUGCUGCCAUAAGGAUGCAAAACCCAGUUGCCAAUCAAGAUGGAAAAAUCUUCUUUUUCAAGGAAUCUAAAUAUUGGAAGUAUGAAAAUGACAAAAUUGAACCUGGCUAUCCAAAAUUGAUAAAAGAAGGAUUUCCUGGUAUUCCAAACAAUGUAGAUGCUGCAUUCACUCAGCCUGCCAUUGUAGCUAAAGGAGGCAAAGUUAUUCGUGAAGAAAGGAUAUUCUUUAUCAAAGGAAAAAAAUACUUCUUGUAUGACCCAGAAAUUGGAAAUAGUACAAGUCCAGAGUCACUGGAAGAAGACUGGGUUGGGGUCAAGCUACCAAUUACUGCUGCACUGAGUCUGAAGAAUGAGAUGUACCUCAUUGGAAAAAAAAAGUUCCAGAAAAUUCUCAUGCUCACCUAUUCACAGAAUCGGGUAUAUGGCAACAUUCACCAAGCUAAAAAAUUGGACCUACUGCUUGUGUGUGAGUCUCCUAAGCAAUAGUACGGCCUGUAGCCAUGAUCCUCUGUUCAUUAAUAAUCAAUGUCUUUAUAGUUACUAA